CCCGCUUCAAUCCGGAGGGAAAAUUUCCCAAGGUCUGCAAAGCUAAAACCCAAUCUCAGAUAUACUACUAAUAGGCGCGGCGCUCGGACUAUAAAACACAACAAAUCAUAAACCCGGCGGAGCUGCAGCGGCCGUGCGCGCCUCCCUCCCAAUGAGUUCCUAUUUCGUGAACUCCACCUUCCCCGUCACUCUGGCCAGCGGGCAGGAGUCCUUCCUGGGCCAGCUACCGCUCUACUCGUCGGGCUAUGCGGACCCCCUGAGGCACUACCCCGCGCCCUAUGGGCCCGGGCCGGGCCAGGACAAGGGCUUUGCCGCUUCCUCCUAUUACCCGCCGGCGGGCGGCGGCUACGGCCGAGCGGCGCCCUGCGACUACGGGCCGGCGCCGGCCUUCUACCGCGAGAAGGAGUCGGCCUGCGCGCUCUCGGGCGCCGACGAGCCGCCCCCGUUCCACCCCGAGCCGCGGAAGUCGGACUGCGCGCAGGACAAGAGCGCGUUCGGAGAGACGGAGGAGCAGAAGUGCUCCACCCCGGUGUACCCGUGGAUGCAGCGGAUGAAUUCGUGCAACAGUUCUUCCUUUGGGCCCAGCGGCCGCCGAGGCCGCCAGACCUACACCCGCUACCAGACGCUGGAGCUGGAGAAGGAGUUUCACUACAACCGCUACCUGACCCGGCGGCGGCGCAUCGAGAUCGCGCACGCCCUGUGCCUGACCGAGCGGCAGAUCAAGAUCUGGUUCCAGAACCGGCGCAUGAAGUGGAAAAAGGAGAGCAAACUGCUCAGUGCGUCUCAGCUCAGUGCGGAGGAGGAGGAAGAAAAACCAGCGGAGUGAAGGCGCUGGAGGGGGGCGGGGGGACGCGAAGGCCGAGGCCGGUGGGGAGACGAGGUCUGCAGAGAGCCCCAAGAAGGCUCUGCGGGCGGGGGAAGCCGGGGCCUGCUCGCCAGCGCAUGACAGGCGGCGCCCAGCCCUCUCCGGGACGCCCCCGCCCGCAGAGCUCUUGCCGGGUGCUUAGAGGCCGCGCCGCCCGAACCCACCCGUCACCCCGCGCCCCCUCCGUCUCCGCGGAGGAUGAACCCGCCUCAGCCCGAUCAGGCUCCACGGUGAGAACUGAGGACUGGACUCACUCGAUGUUUCCUGGAAGCAGAGCAAAUGCUCUUGUCCGUGUCGCGUCUCAUUCCGUCCAUGUCCCUCGUGCACGGUUCAAUGGUAGAUUCGCAGGCCCCUCAGCGGGGCCUCGAAGACUCCCUGGUCCCCAGACCUCUCUCCCACCCCUCCCUAAAGCCACUGGAAGGAGCACAUACUACCUAGAAGUAAGAAGAGGAGCCUCAGAAGAAAACAAAGUUCUAUUUUAUUAAUUUUCUAUGUGUUGUGUUUGUAGUCUUGUCUUAGCUCUGGACGUGAAAUACUUCGGUAAUAAUAUUAAUAUUAUUAAUAAUGAUGAUAAUAAUAAUAAUAAAGACGUAAAAACUCGCCGCUCACUCACCUCCGCUCCUCCCCCGCCUCUCCUGCCCCACACCCCCACCCUGUCUUCCCGGUGCCGGAAACUCCGCAGCAAAAGCUGGAGCCCAGCUCGGCCCCAGCGGGCCCGACA